AUGUCUACAAUUUAUACUCGAGAUCGACUCGCCGGUCGAUUGGGUUCUCUCCCUAGUAGACGACUGCCGUCGCAGGCACAGAAAACCAGUCAAGAUGCAUUGAAAAAACAAAACAAUUACUCCAAAAUCCUGGCCAAGGUGUUCCAUAUGAGAAUGAAGUUCUACUCACGGCUGGCACUGUUGCUCGCUUUCGUAUACACAAUCGUGGUCAGUCUGCCCUUCAGAACGAGCCCGUUGUUUUUUCCUGUGAAAUUGUCUCUGUUCUGGUGCUCAUUCAUGCUGCUGAAGUUUGCCAGAGACCUUACUUUGAAGGUCGAGACUACCACCUACUCGACUCUUUUUCAACAGAUUUUUGGAUCCCUGCUCUCAGCAGAGUUUGCUACCCUUAUGUCUUCAUUCCUGAUCUCCAAUGUGCUGACAUACGGGAUCAUCUGGUCGCAGACAGCCAGCCUGUCAUACUAUAUCGAGAGUCCAACAAAAACUAUCAAGCCCUUUGUCAACGAUAAAUUCCUUUAUUACUGGUUCUUUGCCUUUGCCAGUACGCUAGUUUACACUGUUUUCUUCCUCACAAAAGGAAAGAACCAAUUGAAAUUCAAGAUUGGUGUUUACCGAGUUGAGCCUCUAGAAUAUCUCAGGAAUCUGCCGCUGUCUGAGAUUUUGAAAGAGACCAGCAUUUUCAGCAUUUCAGUGACCCUCGCCACGCCCGUAAUAUUUCUCAUGGUCAGAAAAUUCAUGUUCAGCACCGUCCUAUUUCCAUUCAUUUGGCUGCUGAACCUCAACACCCAUCUUCCUAGAGUUUCCAUUUCUCUGUCACUAUACUUCGGCUUGUUCUUGCUCACCUUCACCACAGUCCUGCUGUACGAGGUUCUGAACGAAAUCUACAACGCUUAUGCCAUGGUGGGGUGUCUGAAUGUGAAGAAACCUCUCAGCACGCACGCAGAAGAUCAGCUGGAAACACUACUGUCCGGCCUCAAAGACAUCAAGCACCCGUUCGUGCGACUCACAACAUUCCAAGAGCUUGUGUACAUGGCACAGACAGCAGAGGAGAGGAAAUUCUUCUACAAGAACACAGCUAAUUGGACCUCUAUUCUUGAGCAGUGCUCGAUCGUGAUCCGCAGUGUGUCUAUGGCUGUGACGGCCGAUCUGAGUCUUCCGCCGGUGAUUCAAACUCCAGUCCAAAAAAAUAGCAUUUUCGGGAACUCUGGGUCUUCCAGGUCGCCCAUAGACGAGGACAAGUCAGACAGGAAAGCGGACUCGCUUUUCUUGCCAGCCGAGAAACCAAAACCAAAGCCGAAACCGUUCUGGGAAACCGUUCUGGACCGAAUUACCAGUCUUGGAAAAAAGGUUAGAAAGCCAGAAUUGCUCGUGAGACUGGAAAAGGAGUCUCGCAGCAGGAACACUCGCGAGGCACUCGAGUACGUCCUGUCUAGCCUCGGAUUUCUAGAAGACUUAUUUCUGCCCAACAUUGAGCGUGAGGCUGCAAAACGGGUGCCUAAUAAAGUGAUGGUGGGCGAUGCAGUGCUGGUGAUAUCAGAGGUAUUACUACACGCCAAACACGAGGACCGCAAGAGCGUUGUCGUCCCCACGUUGACCGAGGUGUUGACGCUUCUGACUCGCCUAUACAAGGCCACAGCAGAGUUUCUUUCCGACCCGCCCGCCAGAGACACAGGUAGCUGUUGUAUACGCGAGCUGAACGAGUUGACGCUGGACUACUUCUUCAAGCUGGUGGUGCAGUACAACUCUGUGCUGAACGACCUGAUUCUGGCUCCGGACGUGUUCAAGUUUGCCAAAUGGUGCACUGACACCGCGCUCGACGAGAAAAUGGAAUGGUGA